UUUAACAGUGAUCAUUAACUAAAAUCAUGGCAACUGCCAGUAGUGAGCUGCACCAUCCUGUAGACCCUGGAAUCUCAAAGCUGCAGUUUGCUCCCUUCAGUAGUGCCUUGGACGCAGGAUUCUGGCACGAACUAACCCAGAAGAAACUCAAUGAGUACCGAUUGGAUGAGACCCCAAAAGUUAUCAAAGGAUACUACUACAAUGGUGAUCCUUUGGGUUUGCCAGCUCGCUUGACACUGGAGUUUAGUGCCUUUGAUAUGAAUGCUUCAAUACCGGCACAUUGCUGCCCUGCUAUUGGAACACUGUAUAAUACCAACACUUUUGAGACUUUCAAAUCCUGUGACAAGAAAUCACUUCUGGAAAAAGAAGCAAAUGAGAUAUGGGAAUCAAUAACAUCUGGAGCUGCUCUUGAAAACCCAAUGCUCUUGAACAGGUUCCUGCUGCUGACAUUCGCAGAUUUAAAAAAGUAUCAUUUCUAUUACUGGUUUUGCUAUCCUGCUCUCUGCUUCCCUGAUGGAAUACAUGUAAUUCAGAAACCGGUGUGUCUUGGUGACAGAUUCUCGUCAAACCAGAUCCAGGCACUUCAGAAAGCAUAUGAUGACCUUUGCCGGAACGAGGGAGUUACAGCUUUGCCUUAUUUUUUAAUCAAGUAUCAUGACAAUUCUGUUGUGAUAUCUCUGCUGAAAAAUUGGGAUGAUUUCUUCCAAGACCAAAGGGGAAAGGUGACUGUUGGAGUUUAUGAUCCAUGUAAUUUAUCCCACUAUCCAGGAUGGCCACUGAGAAAUUUCCUGAUCCUGGCAGCCCACAAAUGGGGCAGCAUUCUCCAGUCAGUUGAGGUGCUCUGCUUCAGAGAUAGGACCAUGCAAGGAGUGAGAGACAUAACACACAGCAUUAUCUUUGAAAUAAAACUUCCAGAGAGAGUCCUUGGCCCAGAUUGCCCAAAAGCUGUUGGAUGGGAGAAAAACCAGAAGGGAGGCAUGGGUCCAAGGAUGGUGAAUCUCAGUGAAUGCAUGGAUCCAAAAAGAUUAGCAGAAUCAUCAGUGGAUCUUAAUUUGAAAUUGAUGUGCUGGCGGUUGGUGCCUACUCUUGAUCUGGAAAAAAUUGUGUCUGCCAAGUGUCUGCUGCUAGGAGCUGGUACACUGGGUUGUAGUGUUGCAAGGACCUUGAUGGGCUGGGGAGUCAGGAAGAUUACAUUUGUGGACAAUGCAAAGAUCUCCUACUCCAACCCAGUACGACAGCCACUCUAUGAGUUUGAAGACUGUCUUAGCGGUGGGAAGCCUAAAGCACUUGCAGCAGCAGACAGGCUGCAGAAAAUCUUCCCAGGAGUGAGUUCAGAAGGCUAUAACAUGAGCAUCCCAAUGCCAGGCCACCCAGUGAAUUUUUCUGAAGUAACAAUGGCACAGGCUCGGAAGGAUGUGGCUAAACUUGAAGAGCUUAUUGAUGCUCAUGAUGUUGUUUUCCUAUUAAUGGACACUAGGGAGAGUCGAUGGCUUCCUGCUGUCAUUGCAGCCAGCAAGAGGAAGGUAGUGUUGAAUGCUUCACGUAUUUCUGUAACUUAA